ACCUUAAGUUUAUUGAACAAAAUACACCAAAUUCAUAUUGUUCUUAAUUUUUCUAUAAUAAUUUGUUAAUUUUUAAUAGAUUGAUCUUAAGUAAUGGCCGAAGGCGAGGAGAAGAAACACCACCACUUCUUCCACCGUCACAAGGAGGAAGACGAUACGCCGAAGGACCCUGAAGAAGAGUUGAAGCAUCACAAAAACAUUAGCCACAUUAGCAAGGCUACUGCUCUUGCUGCUGGUGCUUAUGCUUUGCAUGAGAAGCACAAGGCGAAAAAAGACCCAGAAAAUGCACACCAUCACAAGAAAGUAGAGGCAAUUGCGGCCACAGUUGCAGUUGGAGCUGGUGGUUUAGCAUUCCAUGAGCAUCAUGAGAAGAAGGAAGCCAAGGAGAAAAUCAAAGAAGCUCAUAGUGGAUAUUAAUUAAUCAUUAUAAAACAAAUUAUACUUCUAUCAAUAAAUGUUUGUCCAAAAUUGAGGAGAGGACUUUGUUAUCUUACACCUUGUGCAUUGUAUUUACUAUUUUAUGUUGUUGAGAUCUUUAUCUUUCUUAUCAUGUAUUUGUACCUAAAAAAUCACAAUGUGAGCUUUUUUUAUAUAAUGUUUAUAAUUAUUGUUAAUGUUCA